AUGGCCUCCACAUACGCUCUGAUCGUCUCUGCCUUCCUGGCUGUGGCAAAUGCGGUGGCUGCUGAGGAUAAUCAGACAUCAACCAAGGAAAAUAAAAAGGAGUUCCCUCUUGUCUGGGUAUGCCUGGGGGUUACCAUUGUGGGCAUUGGCAUGGCGUUGUACAUUGCUUACCGCCGUCCCGAUGAACUCCACCUCCCUGGCUCCACAGUAAUGGUGAGCACAGAGAUGGAGGAGGCGAGCGGAAAUAACGAGCCCACCAUGAGGACCAAACUGAACGACGACCUUGAGAAAGUCUAG